ACAGCCAACAACACCAUCCAUCCUUUGGAGCAAGAGAGAGAGGCAGAGAAAGAAAGAGCAGAGCUUGAAGCAUGGCCAUGCCAAAUAAAUACGAAGAAGAAGAAGAAGCGGAGGAAAUUCAAAACUUCGCAAAGAGACUGAAAUGUAGCAGAUACGAGGAACCUCAAGAAGAAGAAGAAGAAGAAGAAGAGGAGGAGGAGGAGGAGGAGAGCGAGCUGGCGUUGAAGCUAGGGAUGGUAGUUUACCCAAUGAAACCCGCAUCGUUUGUGGUCUCAGAUGCUCUGGAGCCCGAUAAUCCUAUCAUUUAUGUCAACAAAGUCUUCGAGACCUUCACCGGCUAUUGCGCCCACGAGGUCCUUGGUCGGAACUGUCGAUUCCUACAGUAUAGGGACCCUCAUGCUCAAAGACGGCAUCCUCUGGUAGAUCCUGUUGUUGUUUCUGAGAUUAGAAGGUGUCUCGAGGAAGGCGUUGAGUUCCAAGGCGAGCUUCUUAAUUUCAGGAAGGAUGGAACUCCCUUGGUGAAUAGGCUAAGACUGAAACCUAUACAUGAUGAUAAUGGAACUGUUACACACAUCAUAGGCAUUCAAGUAUUUUCCGAAGCAAAAAUAGAUCUGAGCAGUGUAUCAUAUCCAGUUUAUAAAGAGACAUGCAAUCAGCGGUAUGAUCAAUCUGGUAAAUAUUCUCUCAUGAGUGGACAAACACCUUUCACCCAGUAUCAAGAAAUAUGUGGCAUUCUUCAGCUCUCCGAUGAAGUCUUGGCUCACAACAUCUUAUCACGCUUGACUCCCAGGGAUGUGGCAUCCAUUGGUUCUGUCUGCAGAAGAAUCCGUCAACUAACAAAAAAUGAGCAUGUAAGAAAGAUGGUAUGUCAAAAUGCAUGGGGAAGGGAAGUCACCGGUACAUUGGAAUUGAUGACUAAUAAGUUAGGGUGGGGGCGUCUGGCCAGGGAACUGACAACUCUUGAGGCUGUUUGUUGGAGGAAAUUUACAAUUGGAGGUGCCGUGGAGCCUUCACGAUGCAAUUUCAGUGCUUGUGCUGUAGGAAAUCGACUUGUUCUGUUUGGAGGGGAAGGAGUUGAUAUGCAGCCAAUGGAUGACACAUUUGUUCUCAAUCUUGAUGCUGCCGAUCCAGAGUGGCGUCGAGUAAGUGUGACUUGGUUGGUAGUUUUUGGAGGCUGUGGGCGGGAAGGAUUGCUCAAUGAUGUUUUCAUUCUUGACUUGGAUGCCAAGCAGCCAACAUGGAAAGAAAUUUUUGGUGGAACUCCCCCUCUUCCUAGAUCCUGGCAUAGCUCUUGCACAGUAGAAGGGUCUAAAUUAGUUGUGUCAGGUGGAUGCACAGAUGCUGGGGUACUUCUUAGUGACACAUACUUAUUGGAUCUCACAACAGACCACCCAACAUGGAAAGAGAUUCCAACUUCAUGGGCUCCUCCCUCUAGGUUGGGGCAUUCACUUUCAGUUUAUGGUCGAUCAAAGAUUCUCAUGUUUGGUGGACUUGCCAACAGUGGGCACUUGAGGUUACGAUCAGGUGAGACUUACACUAUUGAUUUGGAAGAUGAAAACCCUCAGUGGAGGCAACUGGAGUGUAAUGCGUUCACCAGCAUAGGCAGCCAGAGUGCUGUGGUUCCCCCUCCUAGACUUGAUCACGUUGCUGUCAGCAUGCCUUGUGGAAGGAUCAUUAUCUUCGGUGGUUCAAUCGCUGGGCUGCAUUCUCCUUCUCAGCUUUUCCUCUUGGAUCCUUCGGAAGAGAAACCAUCAUGGAGAAUUCUCAACGUUCCGGGGCAACCACCUAAAUUUGCUUGGGGUCAUAGCACUUGCGUGGUUGGCGGUACUAGGGUCCUGGUAUUGGGUGGGCACACAGGUGAGGAGUGGAUACUUAAUGACUUACAUGAGUUGUGCUUAGCAAGCCGGCAGGACUGAGACCUCUGAUAGACUUAUUUUGAGUCUGGUUGGCCGGCCAGCCAGGCAGCAGAGUUAGCAGAAUUACAUGAUUAUCUGCAGCAACCACUCUAGAAGAAAAUUUUGUUUCGUGAUCUGUGCAAGUUGAGUUUCUUCCUCGUAAGUUAUUGGCUUCAUUUUGCAUUGAAAUUGGGUGUUUUUGAAGUAUGUGUGCUGUUCCUGCUUAGAUUUGUACUGCAAUGUAUAAAGAUAACAUCAUGGUUUGUUACUUGGGCUGUACAUUUACGUUGUGAGCAUAGGAUGUGAAUGUGAGCCUCAUUAUUCUUUUUAUAAGGUUAUACGAAGUACUGGGUUUUACAAUUUUGGAUUGAUUCAUUCGUUGCAAAAGAUCAUUGAUGGAUUGAUUCAUGAGAUGGCCCUAUAUACGAUUCAGUCUUUGUUACCUUUGAUACUUCU